AUGCCUACUGUCACCAUCGGCGUAUUAGCCCUCCAGGGCGGCUUCCACGAGCACCUCGACCUCGUCCGGAAGGCCGCCGCCUCUCUCGCAGCCGCCCCGGCGCCAAGCCCGAUCCCCGAAAUCGCAACUACAGAAGUUCGCACCGAGGAGGAGCUCCGCCGCUGCGAUGCCCUCAUCAUUCCCGGCGGAGAGAGCACUGCGAUGGCGCUGGUGGCCACACAGUCCGGGCUGAUGGAGCCAUUAAGAGAAUUUGUCAAAAUCAACCGCAAACCAGUCUGGGGAACAUGCGCCGGCGCAAUCCUGCUUGCCGACGAGGCAAACGCCACCAAGAAGGGUGGCCAGGAGCUCAUCGGCGGCCUCGGUGUGCGGGUUCACCGUAACCAUUUCGGCCGCCAGAUCGAGAGCUUCGUCGCUGACCUCAACCUGCCGUUCCUGUCGAGGGGCGACGGUGUUUCGAAAACGGCAGAGACGCCUUUCCCCGGCGUCUUCAUCCGCGCACCGAUUGUCGAGGAGAUCCUCUCCAAGGACAGCAAGUCGGCAGUCGAGGUCCUCGCCGUGCUACCCGGGCGCAAGACGAAGGCGAAUGGCGUGAGCCAGAGCACGGCAGAUGAUUCGGUUGGUGACAUCGUCGCCGUCCGGCAGAGCAACAUCUUCGCCACGAGCUUCCACCCGGAGCUCACUGACGACAUUCGCAUUCACGUCUGGUGGUUGGAGCAGGUCAUCCGGAGCCUGCCUCCGGCGUGA